UAGUCCCGGCCCAGCACUUACCUGAAAGCAUCGCUCACACCAUCGACGACCCCUUCGCGAGCGUCCGCGCCGACGAGCCCGCUCCGGCCUCCUCCUACCGGAGCACGCAGCCACCCCGAAGUAACCCUUCUCUCGCAGUCGACGUCGCCGUCUUCUCCACCCUCUUGCGCUUUUGGAUUGGCAUGAACUGGAGAUCCAUCCGGACCUGGGAUUGAUUCCUUUUGUCGAUUGUGGACUGAAGUGUGCGAGGUUGGGCUAGGGGCACGCCGCAUUUGGUUGGUGCUUACUCAUGGACCACUCUCAGAAUCAACCAUUACCACCUGGUGUAGGAACAUGGCCACAGACACCACCCAAUCACCCUCCACAAUUCCAUCCUGGUCCACAUCCUUAUCCUCCAUCGUUUGACAAUGGACCUGAUAAUGGUAGUGCCAACGGUAAUGGUAGUACAGCAAACAUUGAAGCUGCUGUCCAAGAGGCUGUCCUUCACACGCAGGACAUUGAGACCCAGCAAGUCAUACAAAAUCAAAGACAAGCAAAAGCAACAAGUGAACCUACAGAAUAUGGGGAAGACUUGAUUUCGAGCCGUCGUGACCCUAGUGCAUUGAAGGAACACUUACUGAAGAUGGCAGCUGAUCAUCGUGCAGAGAUGGCAAACAAAAGGGGGAAGCCACUUCAUCCAAAUAAUGGCAAUGUUGAAAUUGGCAAUGGCUAUGGUGUACCCGGAGGCGGUGCUUAUUAUGCUGCAAACCUGUCAAGUUCUCAAAUGAAUAAACCUAGAGAUGAGGCUGAUAGAGCAAAAUGUGCAAACGAUCUCCCUGAUUUUUUGAAGCAGAGGUUAAGAGCAAGGGGAAUUCUCAAAGACAAGACAGCAAAUAUGACUAGCAUGAGUACACAAAAUGUGGAUUCUCACGAAGGCCAGAACAAAUCUCCCCAAGAGUUGCCUACUGGUUGGGUUGAAGCAAAGGACCCAACGACUGGUGCUUGUUAUUUCUACAAUCAAAGCACUGGAGUGAGUCAAUGGGAUCGCCCUGGCAGUGCUGUGAAUACCAUGCAUCAUCAAGUUUCUCCAUCCUUGCCAGAGAAUUGGGAGGAGGCAAUCGACAAAUCAACAGGUCACAAAUACUAUUAUAAUACAAAGACACAGGCCACACAGUGGGAGCCUCCUACCUCUGUGAAUGCAAUUGUUGCACCUUAUGCUCCCACCAACACUUCAGUGGAGCCGGUCACACAAAAUGCAGAUAUUUGGAACUCUCAAAUGCAGAGAUGUUUGGGCUGUGGUGGAUGGGGAGUUGGUCUUGUCCAGCAGUGGGGAUACUGCAAUCACUGCACCAGGGUUCAAAAUCUUCCUUUUCAACAGUAUCCUUCUUACCCAAACAAUACGAUGCACUCCGGUGGUAACAAUGCUCCCAAAAGUCAGGGGAAUGUUGCAGCUAAGGACAGAUCAAGCUCAAAACCUCCCUUUGGCAAAGCAAACAGAAAAGAUCACUGCAAAAGAAAUCGCCCCGAUGAUGAUGAACUUGACCCGAUGGACCCAAGUUCUUACUCAGAUGCUCCACGGGGUGGCUGGGUUGUUGGCUUGAAGGGUGUACAACCACGAGCAGCAGAUACUACUGCAUCUGGACCUUUGUUCCAACAAAGACCGUAUCCCUCACCUGGUGCUGUGUUGAGGAAAAAUGCAGAGGUAGCAACCCAUGGCAAGAAACGCGGCGGUAUGGCUCUGAUAACUAAGAGAGGCGAUGGCAGCGAUGGACUUGGUGAGGCUGAUUAGGUGUUGGUGAACUGAGCUCGUUUGCGACCAUAAUACCUUCUGUGGUUUUGUUUUGGAAGCUGUUGUAUCAUCGAUGCCUUGUGUGGAGAAUCGAGUAAAUUAUCAGCUGUAAAUUGUCUAAGAAACUCACUGCAGCUCUAGAUUAUAGCGAACUAACUGGGCCUAGAGCGUUGUGAGCUCCAUAGAUGAUAUUUACUGUGUCCUUGGUGUAAUUUUGAUGGAAAUAUCUGGCAAGAGACUUUCAUCUGUAUGUGAUUGAAUAAUCUUCAGAUAAGGAAUUACUUUCCUA